AUGUCGCUGCUUCAAUCAAUCUUCCGCUUUCGCGGCGAGGACAAGAAUAUCCCACAAGGGACCAUCAAGGACAUCAAAGCAGAGGAUCCACGAUGCUCGCCACUUUCUGCAUUCAAUGGUGCAUCUGGCCUCCAGAAUCGUCGUCCGGGACUUGCUUUCGACUUGGGCGCAAACUUCCAGGAGCAGUGCUCUACCAAUUUGUCCCCCAUGCCUUCGACGCAGAAGUCUGAGCACUUCACAAGCAAGUCGGCUGAGAACAAAGAAGCUACCGUGACCCCGAACGGAGGCAGCCACAAGGGAAGAGCCGAGGUGCUCCAGAAUUUCAACCAGCGCUAUGAGCUCUACAGCCGUUUGAUGGCAUGA